GUUUUGUUAGUUUCUAGAUGGCUUCUGCAGGUUUACUACAAAUUGCUCAACAUUUAAUUUUGUCCUUACAAUGUUACCUACAUAACCAAUAAAAAUAAUUUGUUUGCAGAAAAGUUGUUACAACAAUUCAUUACUGGUCAUUAACAAAAGGCAAACGAGUUUCGUUUUCAGAACCAACCAUACAUAUUUUGACGUAACGUUCUUUUAGGGGUAAGAUAUUUUGACAGUCUACUUCUACAACAUUAUAUUUUUAGAUUUUUUGCAUCGUCUAUAUUUUUGCUCUCCUGUUAUAGAUUUAUUUAAUUAUGAUAAUAAAUUGUUAAAGGUUUUUGAGACAAUGGCGAGCGACAUCGACAAAAGGAACUUUGGCGACAGCGCCCGUAAUACAACCAUAUUCGAUUUGAAAUUGAGAAAUUCCAAUCAUGUUUUCGAUGGUGCUGGUGAAAACAUUCAAUACCACAGUGAUUCAGAAUCCGUUACUUCGAGAAAAAGUAAGACACGUUAUAUAAAUCCGGCCAUUUAUAUUGAACCAGUGGAGUCGACGCAUUCUGUGACAUCCCUGCAGGCAGGCUCGUGCAUCUCUGACGUGACGCCGCAUCCACAUAGCAGUUACAGGAGUAACUCAACUCCACUGCUGAGCGGCCGAGACUCGAGUGUGUCGUCAGGUAGUGUGAAGAGAAAGUCGUGUCGAUUGGCAGAUUCGGAGAAUUUGAAAGGCUUAGAUGUAGAUGAAGAAACGCCUCGGUUUGAUCGUACUUACCGGGAGGAUGGAGCCGAUACGUUCCGGUUAUCAGUAGCGUCUGUUUCGACUACCACCACAGCUAAGGAGGAACGAGAGCGUAAUGAAAAGAAAAAGCAGGAAGCCUUCAAGCAAUGGCUGGCACGGAAAGACCAAGAGAAACGUGAAAAAGCUCGCAUGGAGAAGAUGAAGCGUCAGGCAGGACCCACGACAUCACAGGAGCAACGGGAGGAGUCGUACCGGCGUUGGCUGGAGCGAAAGCGGACCCAAACCGAGCGACAACGAGCCGAGGAGAUAAUGCGACAGUACCGACAUAAGGAACAAUUAGAAAGAGAACGAAACAAACGCGAGAGAGACAAGGAGGAGAAACUAGCAGUGUGGAUUCAUAAGAAGGAAGAAGAGUUAAAAGCAAUGAAAACACGGGAAGAGCGUCGAGCAGCGCGCGCUGCUAUCGAGGAGGAGCGCAGGAGAGCAAAUAACGAGCGAGCAUACAGAGACUGGCUGCGUACCAGCAAGAAUAAACCGCUCCCCGUACCACUUAACCAAGGAGAACUAAGUAUGCGCGGUUCCGUAUCACAAAUGUAUAUUAAUCCCAAACCUUGGCAGUUUCCCACAUGAACAUCUAAGGAGAUAUUAUUAUAAUUAAUUAUUGUAGGUAAUUUAAAAUUACGCACGUCAAAAUCACAAUUUUAUGUAAUUACAUACAUGAAACUGUAUUUUAAUGUUUGUUCUUAUUAUUUAGUAAUUGAUGUACUUCAUUUUAUAGAAUAAAUUUUAAAUUUUUAGAUUAACAUUUUGUUGUAGUCGCAUUAUAUAUUUUAUCAGGGUGGUUAUGCUAAUG